AUGCCACGAGAGCCUCUAAUAGGUCUAGUUGGCAAGCCCUCAUCGGGAAAGAGCACCACAUUAAAUAGUUUGACUGAUGCGACUUCCAAAGUCGGCAACUUUCCGUUUACGACAAUAGACCCCCAGCGUGCCAUUGGAUACCUGCAAAUCGACUGCGCCUGCAAACGGUACGAUCUCACCGAACGAUGCAAACCAAACUACGGGUCCUGUAUUGAUGGACGGCGAUCCGUGCCCAUCGAGCUCCUAGACGUCGCCGGACUCGUCCCAGGAGCACACGAAGGAAAGGGACUUGGGAACAAAUUCCUGGACGAUCUGCGACAUGCAGAUGCGCUUGUACAUGUUGUCGAUGUAAGCGGGACGACGGACGCCGAAGGCAAAGCAACCCGAGGAUACGAUCCUUCACAAGACAUAGUAUGGCUACGUUCCGAAAUCGUGCAAUGGAUUCUCGGGAAUCUGAUGCAGAAAUGGGGGUCGGUAAAGAGGAGACAUAUAGCAGUCAAAGCUACGGCCGUUGAGACGUUACAGGGCCAGUUUUCUGGAUACGGAUCCACGGCUUCCGUGAUCGCCAGGACGUUAGACAAAAUGGGCCUGAAGGAACCGUUGGAGCAUUGGUCUAAUGAGACGGUUGAUAAAGUGGUCAACGCGUUUACGGACGAGAAAUUCCCUACAGUCAUUGCGCUAAAUAAAAUCGACCAUGCGGACGCAGAUAAGAACAUCAGCAAAAUCGCAAAGAUGUACGAUUCCCAACAAAUCGUGCUUUGCUCUGCGAUAUCGGAAGUCUUCCUACGAAAGCUGGCAAAACAAGGCUUUGUACGCUACACCGAAGGUAGCGAGUUUGUCGACACACGGGAGGAUCUUAUCGCAGAUGGAGAUCCCGAUGGUGGCGGGCUAAAGGAGAUGGACGAGAAGCUGAAAACGCGGAUUGAGAAUCUUAAGGAUAUGGUGCUGUAUCGUUUCGGGUCUACGGGGGUUGUUCAGGUUCUCACUAGAGCCGCAGAAUUACUUGGCCUCGUCCCGGUUUUCCCCGUUAGGAAUGUAUCGACUUUCUCCUCGGGGGCUUCUGGGUCUAAUGCAGUGUUUCGAGACUGCGUGUUGGUCAAAAAGGGGACUACUGUUGUGGAGGCCGCGAGGAAGGUCAUGGGAGAUGCGCCUUUGGCUUAUGUGGAGGGUGCGGGGGGUGUUAGAGUUGCAGAGGAUGAUCUCGUCGGGGUUGGGAAGAACGAUAUUCUCUCAUUUAAGGUUGGUCGAGCAUGA